AUGACCAAUAACACAACAUCAAAUACAACCACUACAAUCAAUAAUUUAAGUGAAGAUGAUAGAGAAAUUUUAGCCAUUGAACUAUGCGAAGAGGCAAAUAAAUUAAUUAAAAAAUUAAAAGUACAAGAAGAUGAAAAUAUUUUAGAGGAAACCACAUCAAGCUUAUCAAACACAAAACUUAAUAGUGAAAAUACAGAUAAUGAUUCAAAAGAGGCUGAUGAUGAUGAAGAAGAGGAGUUUGAUGAAAAUAAAACAAUUGAACAAAUUACAGCUUUAUUUACAAAAGCUAUCGAAAUUGAUAUUACAUGUUUAGAUGCAUAUUUAGGUUUAGCAUAUAUCAAAGGUAUUGUCAAAGAUUAUGAAACUGCACAACAACUAUUAAUUAAAGCACAAGCUAUUGACCCAGAAGAUGAAAGAGUCUCUUUAAUGAAGCAAACCUUAGAACAAGAUCUAUUAAAUGACAAACAAGAUAAAGAAGAUGUUGAUUCAAUGCAAGAUGAUGAAUGUGUUUUAGAUACUGGUAAAUCAAGCCUUAAUGUACCUUUAAUUGUUAUUAAUGGUAAAGUUACUAAAAAGUUUAUUGUAAUUUUACGUGAAAUUUUUGAUAGAUUUGAUUUAAAUAAAGAUAAUUGUUUAAAUAAAAGAGAAAUGCAAUUAUAUUCAAAAGCAGUUAAUGGUCAAGAAAUGGAUCCACAUUCAUUACAAAGUAUUUUAUCUCAUUACGACUCUAAUAGAACCAAAGGCUUAACCUUUACCGGUUUUGUUGAACUUUAUGUAAAUCAAACUAUUGAAGACCCAUCAGAAACUAUAAAAGAUUUAAAUACUUUAGGUUAUAAUAAGAAUCUUGUUAAAAAAUAA